ACAUGGCAUGUAAGUGAAGUAUCCAGCCUGUUCUUUGUUUUGAAAUAUAUGACGUUUGAGCCUAGCAAGUUGUGCAAUAUCAGACUGUAGCACAGUACUGCCCAUUUUAUCUCUAAAUGUAGUGACGAUAAGACAGUGGUUUACAUGUUCCACAAGGAAUCCAAAUGCACCAGCUGAACUCUGAUGUAUGAUUGAAAAGAUGUGGUUUUGAGUUGAUAGUAACCUCAGAGAAGAUGUUUAACUGGGACGAGGAGUGGAACAUCUCUUUUGCAGGCUGUGGAUUUAGGAGUAUUUACUACCUGGGAGCUUUGAGCUGUAUCCUUGAGCAGGUCCCACAGCUGGUUCAUGGAGCCUCUAAAAUCUGUGGAGCUUCAUCUGGUUGUCUUGUGGCUGCAGCUCUGACAGUUGGGAUUCCCAUUGAACAGUUGUGUGUCGAUGUAUUGAACACGGCGAAAGAGGCCAGAAAACACACACUGGGAGUUUUCCACCCAACCUUCAGUCUGCUGCGGAUCGUACGGGAAUCCCUGCUGGAGAGGCUGCCAGCAGACGCCCACCUUCGGGCCUCUGGAAAGCUCUGCGUGUCCCUCACCAGACUGGCUGAUGGGAAGAACAUUUUGGUGUCAGAGUUCGACAGCAGAGAGGAGCUCAUUCAGGUUCUCAUGUGCAGCUGCUUUUUCCCUGUUUACUGUGGUUUCAUGCCACCCUCAUACCGUGGAGUGCUCUAUAUGGAUGGAGCCCUGAGCAACAACAUGCCUCUGUUCGAGCAGAGAAACACCAUCACUAUGGCCCCCUUCUCUGGCGAGAGCGACAUCUGCCCCAGUGAGGGCACGUUCAACUUCUUAGAGGUUCACUAUGGCAACGUUAGCAUCCAGGUCAACACAGGCAAUGUGUACCGGGUCUGGACAUCCUUCCUCUCUCCCAGACUUGAGAAGCUUGCUGAAAUCUGUCACAACGGUUACAAGGAUGCUCUUUCUUUCUUGAGUGAAAGAGAUCUGCUUGGGCAGCAUCUUACCACCAGUUUGGUGGCGGAGAGAGACGCAAUCAGACCUGCUUGCUGUGAGCAAGCAGAAGAGUCAAAGACGACACUGUUGAAUGGACAAAACCCUCAGCAACAGGAAGAUCAUUUAUGGCUGGACCAGAAAGUCAUAGAGAACCUCCCAGUUAGCUUCAAGAAAGUGCUGUGUGAGGCAUGCAGGGACAGUCAUGAUGGCAGCACUCAGUGGUCUCAGCUCAUUAAGUUCCUUCCAGCAAAAGUGCUUAUGUAUCUGCUGACCUUCCUAAUGCUUCCUGUUGAACUGACCUUCUUACUCACCAAAAGCAUGAUAUCAGGCUGUGCAGCGACUAGCAGACUGCUGACGUCGACUGCAGAACUUUGCAGGCUGACAUGGAACAGCGAAGGCAAGGAACCUAACAGACACUAAUAAAAAGGAAAACAACCUAAACCUGACAAAAGAAGUCUUUUCCUUAUACGCUGCCCCCCUUUGGACCACCGCUGAUGUCUGGGAUCUCAUCUGCAAAGGACUGGGUCAUCCACUGUCCGUCUGGGAGCUGGCCUUCAGCUAUCUGUGACGUGGUCGCCUCCUGUGCUCCUUUAAAGACAGCCAACACACAGACUGAAAGCUUCUGCUAAGGAUAAUGUGACACAACUGAUAUCUAUUUUGUUUAUUGUUAUACCUUUGUCAUAUACAUAAUAACACUUCUGGAAUUUUUCAAGGUACUGAAUCACUUCAGGGGGGACAAACUGUUGCCAACAUGAAAAGUGUGCAUGUUGCUCACAUUUGACUUUCCAGUCAUCUGUCCCUUGUAAUAAAGUUUCAUUGCUUUAGGAAGCUUAUUUAGAACAACGUUGGGAAUUGUUUUGAGUGCGUAAAAUAAAUUCAUCUGAUUUUUGGAA